UUUCCUUCCCCCUCUCGCCCCCGCAGUGUUUUAUAACAGUUCGGAGCCCGCUUUUUCAUUUCGUGUUCUUUCCAGCUGUGCCGUCUCCAUGCUUAGGGUGGCAGCCACACCACCGCUGCCAGCAAGACUUUUGUGCCUUUUCAAAGCCCCAUGGCAUGCACAAUAUGCAACAGGUGCUUUUUCUCCUAAACCUCUACCCCACAUGAUGACAUUUCCAUGCUGGAGAAAUAUGCACCUGCUGGAUUUCUACCUGCAUUGCUUAGAAAUCCAGCCUAGAUGAGGGGGGGAGGGGAGAGAAAGCAAGCUUUUGCUUGUCUGUCUGACAGUCACUGAACAAAAACAACCAUUUUCUAAGGGCUAAUUUGCGCUUUCUGCUGCUCCUCCCUGUUCCUCCAGGAGACUGGUUUUUUCCUUUCCCCUCCUAGUUCAGGAUGACGCGGAAUCCCAUCUAUGAUUACCCGGAGCCCUAUGCUAGUCCCCGGCAGGAGGCACCGACAUCUCCACGGAACAUCAGUCUGGUGGGCCGGCUGCGGCUCACCCAGCCCAUUUGGCUCCAGAUGGGCAUCAACUCAGCUACAGCUCUUCACAUUUUGCAACGUGAACCUCCUGGGACCUUUCUGGUGCGCAGAUCAAACACACGACAAUGUCAGGUUCUCUGCCUGCGUCUCCCGGACAAUUCAUCUCCAGUGUUUGUGACCACCUAUAGUCUCUACCAGGAGCCUACAGUCAUCUCACUCGAGGGCUCUGACAUGAAGUUUCCCAGCCUCUUGCAUCUCAUCGCUUCCUACUGCUCCACAUCGGACAUUCUCCCUCUCCCUUUGCAUCUUCCCCAUGCCAUCCGGAAGGCCUCAUCCUGUCAACAACUAGAGGCCAUUGCACAUUUGGGACUUGAAUUUUGGAGCUCGUCCUUCAACACCAGGGAACCUGCCCAGCCAGCCCCACUGGUGUCCCCUUUGAGUGUGGGCACAGAUCAUCUUCUGCUUUGUCUACAUAAUCCUGAAGGAGAGAAUUGCAAGCAGUUGGCCUCAGCAGAUCCCACCAGAGACUUAUCAUUUACAGGAAUGCCACUGGGGGACGUGGGUGCCCGGCGACAACACUUUAAGAGCAGCAUCAAGGUGCAAGUCUCCACAGAGGCUGCCAGCCCUCUGUCCCCCCCAGCUGCCCCACCACCCCCCAUUCCAGUUUGGAAGAAGAAUCCACCCAAUGUGCACCAGUUUCCUGUCUCUCGUGGGGGAAACUGGUCUUCCAGAUGCCACCCAUCACCUCACAUUUCCUCACAAGCUACAGUGAGGCCAGAGGCCUACCACGUGCCCUUCAGCAAUCGUGGGACUAGGCAGAGGGAAGACACACGUCAGUUUGAGGCCUCCUUCAAUAUAGCCCCUAUCUCCUCCUUGGGUCAGCUGCUGCAUGUUACAGAAGAGGAACAGACAGAGUCACAGAAUAAGGGUUUUGGCCUAGUACCCUCUUUAGAACAUCCCAGUCCAUGAAAGGGACAUGAUGGGCCCUGGAGUACCAAGCUUCACUUCUUCAUCCUCUGAGCCUUCUUGAGACGUUCCAAAAAAUGAGCUUCUGUGGAACUUUACUGAGGUAGGCGUGUGCCAAGACUUCUCUGAGAAGGAUAGAAGUGUACUAGUCAAAGCAGGGAGCAGAGGGGUUGAAACAAAAAUUGCCUGGAUCCUCUCUGAGUAUGGGAGUAAAAUUUGGAAACUCGGAGUUGCAGCUCUUCAGUUUUCUGUUCUUCAUAGAAAUUACUACCCAGGUUCUUGCUUGGCUCCCUUAUCAAGCAAUCCCCCCUGGAACUCUGUGUAGGUCUGUGGUCCACUUGGAUCAUUGGAUACCUGAACACUCAUAAACCACCCCAGCAGACAUCUCCACACAGAAGAUGAUAACAAUAUCUCUUUCUGCUUUCUCUUCUUUCCUCCCUGUCCCCACCAUUCUCUGAGACUGGACAACUGUUUUGUGUGGACACUGGAGCUGUGUUGUGGGUAUUGUUAUUUUUGUUGCUGUUAUUUUAUUUUUUAUGCUGUAACAUAUUUAAAUAUUACAUCCCCAUUUUCAUUCAAUAAACUUUAAAUGACUAUUCUGCUAA